CGUUGUAACUCUUAAUUCUGUUGUGAGACUUGUCCCGAUAGACUUCUUGCUUCUUGACAUUUGACCGCCGUCGAAGUUGUGAGAAGAUGAUGGACGUGUCCGCUGGUUUAAUUAGUUUCUCUUUCGAGGCCGAACUGACCGAAGAAGAGAAAGCGUUUAUCUUCCUGCGGGCGCGCGCGGCUGGACUGACGUUUUGCGGGUGCGCGCACGCAGCUUUCUUGUGCAAACUGGUCCACUCGCUGAGACGUACCAUCGAAAGUCUCGGAGGCCCGUCGGCAGAAGGAGACGGUGACCUCCGCGUUGGGAUACUCGGGAUGGGUCAAAUGGGGAAACAGCUGCUCCUCACCCUCCUCGAGUCUGGCAUCAAACCGUCGCACAUUAAGAUCUCAAGCAGGAGACCAGAAUGUGUAGUGGAAUCCACCAGGACGGGAGUUGAAUGUUUCUUUGACAACCGCAGACUGGGCGCGUGGGCGCACGUGCUGUUCCUCUGCUGUCUGCCCUCUCACCUGCACAAAGUCUGCGCCGACCUGCGCUCUCACCUGCCCACGCGCUGCCUCGUGUACAGCUUCCCCAGCGGCGUGCCCGUCUCCAGAUUGGCUCGGCUUCUUGGACACGAUUUCACCCUCAACCCGCAGUAUGACUUUAUCGCGUGUGACGCCGCAGAUGUGUGGCUGUCCUGCAGCGGACUGAUCAAGGACCUGAGAAAUCCUUUAUUGAUAGAGGCAUCGUGUCCUCUUACAACCAGCGGUGGCAUUUCCGUGGGUCUGACCUGGGUGAGUGCAGUGUUGUACAGCCUGUUAAACAUCUGCACCUCUAGUGGUCUGGGAUCCAGUGAUGCUCUCGCUCUUAUCAACAACGUCCUCAAAGACAAGUGUCCAAACGCCGUGCAAUUGGACGCGCGCAAUUUCUCCAGCGCAGCCUCCCUUCGCACGGAUGAACCUUUUCCGUGGAUUUCUCUCACCGAUGCUCAGACCAAAGAGACGCCGCUGCUGCGCUUUCUAUCGAGCAGCGGAUCCACGCAGCAGUGCCUCACCGCUGUGUACACAUCCCUGCUUUGCCAGCCAAAUAAGACAGCUGCUAUCUAACGUGAAGAACAACUGUGACAUUUUCGAAGUAUAUCCACCACACGGGCUUAAACGUGUGUUCCGUAUUCUGUACAUUUCAUUGUUUUUAUAGUGAAAUGUAAUAAGAACAUUAUGCAAUAAAAAAGGCCCCCGUGUUUUGUGAUAGUCGUA